AUGGCAAGAGUGGGUUUGGAUCGGAAGUGGAUUGGGUGGAUGAAACAGUGUGUUUUUGGAGGAAGUAUAUCAAUGCUUGUUAAUGGGAGCCCAACAGAGGAAAUCAAUAUUGAAAGAGGUUUAAAACAAGGGGAUCUGCUUGCUCCUUUCCUUUUUUUGUUGGUGGCCGAAGGUUUUAGUGGGCUUAUGAGGAAUGUGGUUAGAAAUAAUAUGUUCGAAGGUCUUCGAUUUCAUGAGGAGGGAUUGGUUUUAUCGCACCUUCAAUAUGCGGAUGAUACUAUUUGUAUGGGAAAGGCUACGGUGGAAAAUUUGUGGGUAUUAAAGGCGCUCUUGAGGGGGUUUGAGAUGGCUUCCGGGCUUAAGAUGCCAGGAAUUGUGUGGAAGAAAUUGGUGAGAAUCCAAAGAGAAAUUCUUUGGAGAGGUGUUGAAGUGGGUCGUAAAAUUAACUGGGUGAAGUGGAGGACGGUGUGUCAACUGAAAGGGAUGGGCGGUCUUGGAGUGAGGGAUAUUAGAGUGGAUAUUACUAGUAUUGAAUGGAGAAGUGGGAUGAAUUGGUUUAACGACGAGGUGGUUAGAAAGGUGGGUAAUGGAGGCAAAACCAAGUUUUCGAAAGAUGUUUUGAGGGGUGGGGUGUGUUUCCGGGAUAAAUACCCUUGGCUUUUUGCCUUGUCUAAUCAAAAGGAAGGUACGGUGGCGGAUGUUUGGGUGAAUGGUGAGAUGGGAAGGGAGUGGAGGUUUAUGUGGCGGAGGAAUUUUUUUGUUUGGGAAGAUGAUUUAUUGAAUAGUUUAGUGGAGGAUUUGGAGGGCCAUGUUUGGUCCCAUGAGGAGGAUAUGUGGAUUUGGAAGUUAGAAGAGGAUGGGAGGUUUUCGGUUAAAUCUAUAACUAUAUGA